AUCUUAAGCCAAUCUCUUCUUUUCACUCAGAACACAAACUCUGUAAUAUCAGUUGAUUUUAUAGAGAAAUUCUUGGUCGUAAUCACUGGAGAAAUAUCAGUUGAUUCAGAGGUAAUUGUCUAGCUAUGGUUGGAUCAUCAAUUGCAGCAACAGCUUCUCAUCAGCUUCUAUUCUCUAGCACUACUACCUCUGCUCAUCAUCCCUACCGUUCCUCAUCGUCAUAUGCAUCAUCCUCUGCGCGAGUACUCUUUGACGUCUCUAAGCAGUCGACAAUCCCAAUCAGCAGGAAAUCACUUAGUAAUGACUCUGUCUUAGUUAAUGGAGUCAGGUGUGCCGCAGUUGGAACAUCUGAGAACGCAACGGCAACCCCCAAAAGGAGCAAGUAUGACAUAGUGACUUUAACAAGUUGGUUAUUGGACCAAGAGAAAUCUGGGAACAUCGAUGCGGAACUUACCGUUGUGCUGUCUAGUAUUUCCAUGGCUUGCAAACAGAUUGCUUCUUUGGUACAGAGAGCCAGCAUUUCUAACCUCACUGGAGGUCAAGGUGCCGUUAACAUUCAAGGCGAAGACCAGAAGAAGCUCGAUGUUAUCUCCAAUGAGGUGUUCUCAAGCUGUUUGAGAUCAAGUGGAAGAACAGGGAUUAUAGCUUCAGAGGAAGAGGAUGUACCUGUUGCAGUGGAAGAGAGUUACUCAGGGAACUACAUUGUUGUAUUUGAUCCCCUUGACGGCUCAUCCAAUAUCGACGCUGCUGUAUCAACUGGAUCCAUCUUUGGGAUAUACCAUCCCAACGACGAAUGUCUUGCUGAUUUUGGGGAUGAUGUAUCCGCUCUGGACCAAGAGAAACAGAAGUGCAUAGUGAGCGUAUGCCAACCAGGGACCAACCUGUUGGCCGCAGGAUACUGCAUGUACUCGAGCUCUGUGAUUUUUGUGUUGUCCGUCGGGAAAGGUGUCUACUCCUUCACGUUGGAUCCCAUGUACGGUGAGUUUGUGCUGACUCAAGAGAAAGUGCAGAUCCCCAAAUCCAGGAAAAUCUACUCUUUCAACGAAGGCAACUACCAAAUGUGGGACGACAAGCUAAAGAAGUACAUUGAUGACCUCAAAAUCCCAGAUCCAAAGCCGUAUUCAGCUCGUUACAUUGGUAGUCUUGUAGGUGAUUUCCAUAGGACAUUGCUUUAUGGAGGGAUAUACGGUUACCCAAGAGACAGUAUGAGCAAGAAUGGGAAGCUCAGGCUCUUGUACGAGUGUGCACCUAUGAGCUACUUGGCUGAACAAGCUGGUGGUAAAGGUUCUGACGGGCACCAGAGAGUUCUGGAUAUCCAACCAACAGAGAUUCAUCAGCGUGUUCCAUUGUACAUUGGAAGCGUGGACGAGGUGGAUAAAUUGGAGAAGUACUUGGCUGCUGAAUGAUCAUCAUAGACAUGAUCUUACCAUCGCCAACGACAUGAUAAAUUCUCAAGUUAAUCAGUUUUAGUGAUGAAUUCAAGGAAAUGAUAUGUCUAAUAACUGGCCUUCAUUUCUGAAAAUUUAUUUUUUCCUUCUCCAGAGAUAUUUUGUUUUGUAAUUGGUAUCACAAUUAAUAAUAUACUAAGAUCCAGAGAUAUUCUCCAUAUAAUAAA